AUGGCUGAAAAGAAAUUAAUGCAACAUAAUAUAGGCGUUAAACCCAGCCCAAAUACUAUUUCGCAUGUGAUGGUGCAGAGAAACAAUUUAAAAUCAAUACAAACAAAGAAACCAAGCCAAGUGGCAGCCCUUUUGUUUGAGAGGCUAGGAUGUCAAGGUAAGGAGAUGGAAGCAAGGGGAACGCCAACACCCACUCAUCUUACAACAAAAGCUGAAGAGCCUGAGGAGAAUGGAUGGGUGGAAGAUCUUCGAAAAGAGGACUUUGCACCAAAAUUAGGAACUAUUCUCAAUCUGCACAAAACAAAACAAAAAUUAAAGGAUUAG